GCUUCCGGCCCCGCUGCUGGGAAGGAGGCGGAAGUCCGGCGGGUUCCGGGCGUCGCGAUGGAGGAGGGCGAGUACGAGUCGGUGCUGUGUGUCAAGCCGGAGGUCCACGUCUACCGCAUCCCGCCGCGAGCCACCAACCGUGGUUACAGGGCCGCGGAGUGGCAGCUGGACCAGCCAUCAUGGAGUGGCCGGCUGCGGAUCACUGCAAAAGGGCAGGUGGCCUACAUCAAGCUGGAGGACAGGACCUCAGGGGAGCUCUUUGCUCAGGCCCCGGUGGAUCAGUUUCCUGGCACGGCCGUGGAGAGCGUGACGGAUUCCAGCAGGUACUUCGUUAUCCGCAUCGAAGAUGGAAACGGGCGCCGGGCGUUUAUUGGAAUUGGCUUCGGGGACCGCGGCGACGCCUUUGACUUCAAUGUCGCGUUGCAGGACCAUUUCAAGUGGGUGAAACAGCAGUGUGAAUUUGCGAAACAAGCCCAGAACCCCGACCUGGGCCCCAAGUUGGACCUAGGCUUCAAAGAGGGCCAGACCAUCAAGCUCAACAUCGCGAACAUGAAGAAGAAGGAAGGAGCGGCUGGGACUCCCCGAGCCCGGCCCGCCAGCACAGGGGGCUUGAGCCUGCUUCCUCCGCCUCCAGGGGGCAAAACCUCCACCCUGAUCCCCCCUCCUGGGGAGCAGCUGUCUGCGGGGGGGUCCCUCGGCCAGACAGCAGUUGCUCCCAGUUCAGUAGGAGGUGCCACCAUGGCCUGGCCACAACCCAAGCCUGCCACCGCCGCCACCGCCGACAUCUGGGGAGACUUUACCAAAUCCACAGGGUCGACUUCCAGCCAGACUCAACCAGGCACAGGCUGGGUCCAGUUCUGAUCUGAGUGCACCCCUCUUCCUCGUACAACUUCUGGAAAGGAGCCGCCUCACCUGGGCCAAAGGAAGGAGGACGGAGCUCUCCGCGGCCAGCCUCUGUCUGGAGCAUGACCCUCUCCUCCUCGUCUUGACGUUCUUAACAGACUGGCAUGUCUGCAGUGAAUUGGCACCUGUCACACUUCCCUGGGACUCAGGUCUGCCACCAGAACGCAGGAGGAGAAAAACUCCGGCAUCCCCGUCUCUGUUCUCUUGACGUGAGAGACUCCGUGACUGCUGCUUCCAUCACAGUGACCCGUAUUAAACACAAGCCCCCAAAGCAAAAGAAGGGGUUGAGUGUGCUGCCUGGACUCAGAUCGGCCCUUCUCAGUGGUUACAAGCGUCACAUGACCAGCGUCCAGAAGGAGGGCUUUGUGCACUCCCUUUGGCUGGAGCCACUUCAUUCCAGGUGCCUUCAGAGGGGGGAUUCCUUCCUGAUUACUGGCGGGUUUAUAGGCUGCAGCUUGAACAGAUAAUCAGGAGGGGAAUCAGGAGUAUUAAUCAGCUUUUAAAACCUUUUUUAAGAUUUGCUUUGCUAACGUGCUGAUCCGCACUAACGUGCCCUUGCAAAAGGGACUGCUCCUGCAAAAGGCCCCGGCAGGGGCCUCUGAUAGCAUUCCACGGCGUCGGCCGCAGGAACCGCGCUGAGCUUCAGAAAACAGUGUUCGUCCUGGCCAAGUGGCCUGGUUGCCGGGUCCUCCGGGCCCGGUAGGCAGUGCGGGGCUGAGGCAGGCUUCGCUGGAAGCCAGGCGGAAGAGUGAGCAGGAACGUUGGAGCUGUUCUUACGGAGGUGGGGGUUUGGCCUUCCUGUCCGCCGCCAGGUGGUUUCUGAAGUGCCUUGUCUGCAGACAACCUCUUAACUUUCUUUUCUCCUUCAGAGACUGUACAUGACAGAUAGAAGGGAGUUCUGCGUGAACUGGAAGUCUAGGGUUGCCUGUAGUACCGGUCUGUAAGAAAUGAUUUUAUCUGAGCACACCUCUAAAUUUGCUUUUAUCGACAUACUUUACCUCUUAAUCGAAAGAUCUGUUUUUUGGAGGGUCAAGACGAUGAGAUGAAAAAGGUGUUGGCCUUUUUGUGGGACCAGAUUCCCUAAGAUAAAGAAAUAAAUAUUUUUGCGUCUGUCAA